CAAUGACGUAAUAUCGUUCACUGGCCAAUACAGCUGUUGCUCGUGUACUCAGCACGUGUUCCAUUAAAGAAUCGCUCGUUUUGAAAAAGCUUCGUUUCGUCCUUUGCCCACAUCUGAAAUAAAAUAAGCUUUAAAAAUCAAGGGAAUUUUAUAGUUAGGAAAUGACUUUAUACUUUUCAUAAGUCAUUCAUUUUAUUUGUCGUUUAAAACGCAUUUAGUAUAUUUAGCUUUGAAUAAUUCAACUCAAGGAAAAGUGAGCAAUAUACUAAGAAAAAUGAUCGAAACUUACUGCUGCUCUCCAUUCCAAGAGUUGGGAAAGAAAUCUAGUGCAUUGUGUAACAGAUAUUUGAGGCGAUAGUUGUCAGCACCUGGCUGCCUGGCUUACACCCAUGCUCCAUCUUCAUCUUGGUGAGACCAUAACUUAUGAAGAGUUCUGCUGUGAGAGUUGGAGGAUCCACUUGAAGCCAUCCUGCUAUUUGCAUCUGCUUCACUGUAUCAUUCUGCUUCUGUGCGUAUCAUUCUUUCGUAACAUUGAUACACUAUCAUGAACUGAGCUAGUGUUUGCUCUACUGCCAUCGAUUUUGAGUGCUUAUUGAUGAAACAUUGAUAAAAAUGGUGCUAAUUGUGGAUAAUAUCAAUGUGACAAAAUGCCCUGCUUCAACAAGCUCAUUCUUCCGAGAUCAUCCGCAACUUGUGAGCCGUGCCAAAAACUGGCAGUCAGGCACAGUAAAAAAAGUGUCUGAUGUAGGGCUGUUGUAUGUAGCACAAAGAGAGUUUGCUGUGGUGCCUGGAUCAGAUAAUAGAGUAAAAGUGGUGGGUUCUGAUGAUGCCACCACAUGCCACAUUGUCAUGUUCCUACACAAAGCCUCAGGAAGUGUUGCUUUAGCCCACUUUGAUGGGAGUAGACAUGAAGAUAGUUCUCUUGCAAGAUUCCUGCAAGUACUUGUGGGCAAUAGUGAUGAUAGAAAACUGGAAGUUUAUGCCAUUGGCGGGUUUUUCAAUAAUCAAGCAAACGUGAGGGGUUUAAAGGAGUCCCAAGAACUAUCAUUGAAACUCUUGAAAAACUUUAUGAAACUUGAAUUUGACUUUAAUUUGAUACAAUGGUGCUGUUGUGAGCUGAACUCAAUCAUUUAUAGAAAUCCAAGGCCUCAUGUUCGUCCACUGUUUCAUGGCCUGUGCUAUGACCGCAUCAAUAAAACUGCUCAUCCUGCAUCUUUUGAAUCCCAUGGUGUGGAUGUAGCCCUCAGAGCUGCAUCUGUCUGGUAUACUGCAACAAGAUCUAUGAAUGAUCUAUAUGACAGUGCCAAUCAUUCCAUCACAAUCAAGCCCUUUCACAACAAUUCGGAUCAUCCUUGGAGCUUUUACAAGACACUCUCAGAUGAAGCAAUACUGGACAACUUCUCAACAUCUCCUUCUGCUGAACCUCCACUCUUCUGCUCCCAGAUGCGUCUCAUGUUCAACCUUUUGGAUGCACAUCCUCAGCCAAUGAAAACAUUAUUUGCCGAUGGUCAGCCUAGAGUUUAUGAAUUGUUACAGAAUGGCAAAUGGGAUCUUCAUUAAUAAAAUUGGUCUUGAAAAACAUGCUGUAAAUGUCUGCGCAAGAGCCCCUAGGAUUUGAUGCGCCUGUUUUGUAAUUAUGUGCCAUGAGAAAAUGGUUAUUGCAAGUGCUUUUGUUAAAGAUUAUCAUGUAUUACUUUGAUUUGUUCUAACAAUUAUAAACUUUCUAGUAAUUUUUGAGAUACUGUCUAACAGGAUAAUUUGGAGCGUUUUUCAUAACUUCCUGCCGUAAAACAUUUCAUAAACCAGUUAGGGCUCACUUUAAAGCUCUUUGCAAGAGCUAUCAUAUGGCAUCUCUAAAAAAUAUUCGAUGUGCAAAAUAAUCCUGUGUGCCAGACAUGAAAGAAGAGCAUCCUGAAUUUGGUACCACUGGGAAGGGGUUAUUUGGGGACACUUGAAAUAAAAUUUAAUCGUAAAACAUUUGAAGCAUGCAGAGUCAGGGCGUACUCAUCCAUUACUAACAGUUCUCUGAAGUGCUCUACCUUUUCAGAUGAUGUAGAUGUAGAAUAAAUAACAUUUUCUGUGAUUUUUGCUUG